AUGUGGAGGGAGGAGAUUAGUACCGGGAGCGCGGGGCGAGGGGGUGCACGGGAAGCCGAAAGCCCGUGGCUGGUGGAUGCUGCUGCAAGGUCUGCGAGGCCGGCGCGCACCGGCGUGCAAAGAGACGGGGGAAAAACUUGCGGCAGGAACUUCCUACCGAGGCAAAGAAAAGCAGACGAGAAGGAGGCAGGGAGAGACUUAAAACGUCUCAGUAACUUGAAAAGCACACCCAAAACACCCCUUCUGGAGAUGAGGAUGGCAUGCCGCUAUAAAUUCAUUGUUCCACCUCCUCGCAUCUUCACAGCGCUCGCGCUGCUCUCGGCGCUCGCAGCGGCAGACUGGGGAUGA